CUCUAGGCUAAGACACAUCUAAAAACACAUGGCUGAAUUUUGAGUGGAACGCAAUCAUGAUACUACGAUCGAUAUUUUUAUUUCUUUAUGAUAUAUUGAAAUCACCGAAGGAUAAAUAUUUACGCAUUUGCUUUGCUUGGCUAGUAUGUCACUCAAUUAUAAUGUUUUAUGUAGCUUCUAUUGCUCACCACACAAACUCCUUAAGCCUAAAAACUUAUGGACAUUUGAUAUUUUUUGAUAUUAUGAGAAUAAUUACUUUAUUGGUAUCAGGAUGGUGCAGAAAACAAAAAUCAAGUUUAUCUUACACAUAUGGAUAUGACAGAUAUGAGAUUGUAUCUGUAUUUGUAACUGUCAUAUUAACACAGUUUGCAUCAUUUUUUACUUUAAAGGAUUGCUUUGAACGGUUUAUAAGUCUAUUUGAAGAUUCGCCACAUUCUGCUCAUGAUUCACAUUCAUCCUUUUUGGAUAUUAAAGACAAUCGAUUUAAUAUAUGUUUAUUAUUUGGAUUUUUAUCUCAACUUAUAGUGACUUAUGGGUUAAGGUUUUUCCAUUCAAGUAAUCGUAAUCCUUUUGACAAAACAAUAUCUUUUUGUGGAACAAAUCACCUACAAUUACAAUUAAUUGAUAUAUAUCAAAACAUAUGCAAUUAUUUACCAAGUUUUAUGCAAAAGUAUGUAUCACCACACAUAAUUUUAAAUCGACAAACAGGAGUGCUUUACAAAGAAAACAGCAAAGAUAAUCCCAAUAGCACUUUUAACAUAAACGACCCUUUCAACAUUCUCAAUUCUCUUUCCGCCAUUACCCUUUACGUGAUCUUCAAAUUUUGUUAUUCACAUCCUUCACAAAUGGUAUUCCUUAAACCAUUAGGUCCCGAGGAAACUUUAACUACCAUUCCUUUGUCUGUAACCCCGCACAGAAUUAACAUAAAUAAUUCUAUAAUGGAUCUUAUAUGUUGCACGUUCAUAUUAUUGGCUAUUUUUAUAACAUUAUUCCCAAUCGCUAAAAGUACGGCCAAAAUAUUAUUACAAACUUUGUGCCCCGAUUAUACCAUAGGACAACUGGAUAGAUGCCUCCGGGAAGCGUCCAUUUUGGAUGGCGUCUUGGAGUUAACCAACGAGCACUUUUGGGUGCUUUCGUUUGGGCAUACGGUAGGAACGGUCAAGGUAAGAUGCAAAAGAGACGCUGACGAGCAAUUGGUAGCGGCACAUGUCACUGACAAAUUGUCUCCUAUGGUAACGGAUUUAACUGUCGAAAUUGUCAAGGAUUCUUAUGCUCGCAGAAAUUUCUAAAUUAUACAUGUAUUAUUUCUCAUUCAUAACUCCAAAUUCAGUUAGCAUGAAUUUUCGGUGAAGUAUACAAAAUAUGUAUGCUUUAUUUUUAUAAAUUUGGCCGUAAAUUCGCGCUAAAUAUGAAUGCAGGGUUCUUUUUUUAAAUUCAGUCUUAAUAUUUUCUCUUAUUGGGUUGGUAUCAUGGUAUAUAAAAACA